CGCCUCCAGCUCGGGUGCGGGAGCCGGGCCUGCCCCAGGCCGCGACGCAGCUGCCGGCGCUCGGGGGCGCAGCGCAGAGGCAGGGGCAUGGCGUGGACCGCUGCCACGGGUGGGCGGCAUCCCGGCUCCGGCCCUGAGUUUGCGUGCGCGCCGAGCGGAGCCGAAAACCAGGCUUAGGGGCAGUCCGGGCCGUGAGUCCCUCGCGAGUGCCCGGGUCCACGCGGCCGGGCAGGGUCACCAAGGGGGGGGAUCGCCGCCAUGGACUCUCUGGCAGCGCCCCAGGACCGCCUGGUGGAGCAGCUGCUGUCGCCACGGACCCAGGCCCAGAGGCGGCUCAAGCCGCCGCCCCCACGGCUGGAUCCGGGCCAGGAGGGGCCGCCUCCCAGGGCCCUGGCCCUGGAGCAGGGGGACAUCGACAAGCAGUACGUGGGCUUUGCCACACUGCCCAACCAGGUGCAUCGCAAGUCGGUGAAGAAGGGCUUUGACUUCACGCUCAUGGUGGCGGGUGAGUCCGGCCUGGGGAAAUCCACACUGGUACACAGCCUCUUCCUGACCGACCUCUAUAAGGACCGGAAGCUGCUGAGUGCAGAGGAACGCAUCAAUCAGACAGUGGAGAUCUUGAAGCACACCGUGGACAUCGAGGAGAAGGGGGUCAAGCUGAAACUCACCAUUGUGGACACGCCGGGCUUUGGGGAUGCCGUCAACAACUCUGAGUGCUGGAAGCCCAUCACGGACUACGUGGACCAGCAGUUCGAGCAGUAUUUCCGCGACGAGAGCGGCCUGAACCGCAAAAACAUCCAAGACAACCGCGUGCACUGCUGCCUCUACUUCAUCUCCCCGUUUGGGCACGGGCUGCGGCCAGUGGACGUGGGCUUCAUGAAGGCCUUGCACGAAAAAGUCAACAUCGUGCCCCUCAUUGCCAAGGCCGACUGCCUGGUCCCCAGCGAGAUCCGGAAGCUGAAAGAGCGGAUCCGGGAAGAGAUCGACAAAUUCGGGAUCCAUGUGUACCAGUUCCCCGAGUGUGACUCCGACGAGGAUGAGGACUUUAAGCAACAGGACCGGGAGCUGAAGGAAAGCGCCCCCUUUGCAGUCAUUGGCAGCAACACCGUGGUGGAAGCCAAGGGCCAGCGGGUCCGGGGCCGCCUGUACCCCUGGGGCAUCGUAGAGGUGGAGAACCAGGCGCACUGCGACUUCGUGAAGCUGCGCAACAUGCUCAUCCGCACGCACAUGCACGACCUCAAGGACGUGACGUGCGACGUGCACUACGAGAACUACCGCGCGCACUGCAUCCAGCAGAUGACCAGCAAACUGACCCAGGACAGCCGCAUGGAGAGCCCCAUCCCCAUCCUGCCGCUGCCCACGCCGGACGCGGAGACCGAGAAGCUCAUCCGAAUGAAAGACGAAGAGCUAAGGCGCAUGCAGGAGAUGCUACAGAAGAUGAAGCAGCAGAUGCAGGACCAGUGACCCCCGCCCCAGCCCCACGUCGCCACGGAUAGGCCGCCCACCCCCGAGCCCCAGACUGGCCUGCGUCACCGCCCAGGAUCCACCCGGCUCUCAGACUGGCCCGCACCCGAUCCUAAACCCAGAGUGGGCCCUGACCGGAGUGUUCCCAAUCGGAAAAGACGCGGAGCCGCAGCCCCCAGGAGACCCUAAUUUAUUCUCAGCACCGGCCUCUCCCAGGCCACUUGCGUUCCCCACCCCCCCAUGAGGCCUGAACUCUACAAACCCGCAGGCCCCGCUCAGGCAGGUGGGGAAACCAAGGCAGAUGCGGGGGGCCUGCGCCCCUCCCCCAGUGCCGCAGAGCGGACUUGGGAGCCCACUCCUUCGUGUAUGCCCAGGUGGGCCGGGUCGUCCUUUUCCUCCCCAACCGCGCGCAGGCGCUCUGGAAGCCCAGCCGUCAACGGUAUGCGGGCGCGCACGCCCCUUCCCCGCACCUGGAGGUCAGCUGGAGGAGUUGCAGGGGGCGUGGGCACUGGGCCACCCCUGACUCCCUGCGCCCAGAGGGCUGUUCAGCGCCCCCCACCCGGAAGCCCCAGGCCCCUUCUCCCCCAGCAGCACCGUUGCGCGCCGGGAAAUCUUGGCCCUCGGCCUCCGAGGUCUGCACCCGCAUGACCCCCGUGCUCCGUUUCGUUCCGUUGUGAAUGCAGCGCCCUGUCCUGGAGACAGGGGAACAUGUCUGUUGGUGAAGUCGCA